GGCUGAUGCAGCAGGCAUCAUCCGCUAUGCAGUUGGGGUUGGAUCAGCUUUUAAAAACACAAACUCUUGGAAAGAAUUAAAUGACAUUGCAUCGAAGCCCUCCCAGGAACACAUAUUUAAAGUGGAGGACUUUGAUGCUCUGAAAGAUAUUCAAAACCAGCUGAAGGAGAAGAUCUUUGCCAUUGAAGGUACGGAGACCACAAGCAGUAGCUCCUUCGAAUUGGAGAUGGCGCAGGAGGGCUUCAGCGCUGUGUUCACGCCUGAUGGCCCCAUUCUGGGGGCUGUGGGGAGCUUCACCUGGUCUGGAGGUGCCUUCCUGUAUCCCCCAAAUAUGAACCCCACCUUCAUCAACAUGUCUCAGGAGAAUGUGGACAUGAGGGACUCUUACCUGGGUUACUCCACUGAGCUGGCUUUCUGGAAAGGGGUGCAGAACCUGGUCCUGGGGGCCCCCCGCUACCAGCACACUGGGAAGGCUGCCAUCUUCAUCCAGGUGUCCGGGCAAUGGAGGCUGAAGGCCGAAGUCACGGGGACACAGGUUGGGCGUGACAGGAGCCAGAGGGGAAGAUGA